GUGUUUGGCUCGCUUUUAAAACGCUGGCGGGAAGUGCGUGAGUUCACUUCUUUAUCUGUGGCCUGUGGGGAAGCGCUCGAAGCGCCUAAACAAGCAAAUAUGGUGAGGACGAAAGCUGAUAGUGUUCCUGGUAGCUACAGGAAAGCGGUUGCUGCUUCUGCGCCCAGGAAGUCACUUGGUGCCUCCAGUUCAGGGAACUCCUCAAGCAGCAGCUCUCAAGCCUCCACACCCGGAAAGAAUAAGUAUGCUGGUGGAAAUCCUGUCUGUCCACGUCCGACCCCAAAAUGGCAGAAAGGCAUCGGAGACUUCUUUGGUGGCCCGAGCAGGAAACCGGAGAAGGAGAACGUGCACCCUGUUUCUGAUGGAGAGGAGGCUGGAGGCAGUGGCAUGUCCAAAGCACCCAGGAAAUCCAGACCGCUUCCAGAUGAUGAGGAUGAUGAAUAGCUCUACUUGUUCAGUGCAUUGAAACCCCUACUGGUACAUGACCUUCACGAAUUUUUUUUUUUUAGUGUAAAUCUUUGUACAUACCUUUUUAAUGUUGCUUUCAUUUUUGUACAGAAGUUUAAUAAACUGUCUUUUUCAAGAGGUA